AUGUUCCCAUGGUUUGUAAGAAAAAUUGACGCAAGGCUUGUCGAAGCAAUUGUUGAAGAUAAAAGAGAAAUUUUUAAUGAGCUAGUUGAAGAGGAUAAAGCAGUUCUUGAGCCAAGAACAAUCGACACAUGGAACACAGUUUUACACCUUGCUUCAAUCCAUGGACGGGUAGAACUGGCAAAGAAAAUCACGGAAUGCUGUCCUUAUAUGGCUGCUGCGGAGAACAAAAAGGGUGAUACUCCAUUUCACGAGGCUUGUCGCCGUGGGAACCUUGAGAUGUUAAGGCUGCUACUUGGGGUCAAUGCAGAAGCUGGAUAUGCUGCUAACGCAGAGAACCAUAGUCCUCUUUUCUUGGCUUGCAUUCAUGGCCAUCUUGAAUUGGUGAAACUCCUUUUGAAACGCCCUGAGCUGGUGCAAGUUGAUGGCUUCGAUCAAACUUAUCUUCGUGAUGCUUUAUGGCAGGCAGAUAUAGGUAUUGUUGAAGCAUUGGUAAAUGAGUUGCCAACAUUAGCAGAAAAGGGUGACAGGGAGGGAAAUUCAGCAUUGCACAAUGCUUGUAUCAAAGGGGACUUAGAUAUGGUUCGGCUCCUACUUCACAGAGGCAGCACAGAUGGCUGGUAUAAUAUAUAUGGCUACACACCUGUGCACUUGGCAGUGAAGAGUGGGAAUGUUGAAAUUGUUCAACACUUUUUGGAGGUCUUGCCAUCCAAUUUUCUAAUGCUCUCAAGCAAUGGUGAAUCAGUUUUUCACUUGGCCACGAGAUAUGGUAGAAACGAUGUUUUCUUCUACUUGGUGCACAAGUUAAGUAGUAAUGAUCAUAUCAUGCAUCUUUUACAGAGUAAAGAUGGAAAAGGCAACACCAUCUUACAUCUCGCAUGUGAUGUUAACUACAAGGUAAGAAUCAACUAUAUGCAUCUCACAUCAAGUUUGUUUCAGAUUGCAGAGUACUUCAUCCAGGAAAAGAUUGUAGAAGUCAAUGCCCAGAACAACAUGGAAUUCACAGCCCUUGACAUACUUGACAAUUCUGCUGGUUCUGGUGAAGAGAGACGAGCUCUUGAAACCUUAUUAAUCGAAGCAGGUGGUAAGAGAUGUGCAGACAUUAACGUUAAGGAAUUAGUGUACAAUAAAUACCAUUCACAGCCACUCCUAACCUCACGUCGUAAAUUUCAAGCCUUUAUUAAACCUAAAAGAUCUGCAGAAAUGAAGGACAAUAACGUCAAUGGAGUAGUGUCGAAUUACGAUUCACGGCCAACCCUAACUCGGUCACUUCAUAAUCGAGCCUUUAGUGAACCUGAAUCUCGUCUCCUACAAACUCCUCUUUUCAGCUCCACCGACGGCAGUGAUAGAUCUAGAAGAGGAAGUUCAAAAGCAAAACGCACAACCUCAUUAGAUCAUCAUAAGCAACGACAAGAAAACAAUCCUAAACGCAGCACAAGAAAGAUGGAAUUUUCCAACCUGGAAAAGAUGCAACAAGAGGCAUUGCAAAAUGCUAGGAGCACAAUCAUAUUAGUUGCAACUCCGAUAGCAACAGUGACAUUUACAGCAGGUAUAAAUCCUCCAGGCGGUGUUUACCAAGAUGGACCAAUGAAAGGAAAAUCAACUGCAGUUAAAACAAUAGCUUUCAAGGUUUUUGCAGUCACUAAUACUAGUGCAUUGUUCACUUCUCUUGCCGUGGUUCUUAUUCUAGUGAGGAUCAUCCCUUUCCGGAGAGAAGCUCAGAUAAGAAUAAUCAAAAUUGCUGAUAGGAUUAUGUUGGUGGCAGUGUCAUUCAUGGGAACGUGUUACCUUGCGGCCACAUGGCUGAUAAUGUCAUAUGGUCGAGGGAUAGAAUGGAUGCCUGUGACGGUUCUGCUUUUGGGUGCUAGCAUUCUGGGAAGUGUUUUCAUUGCUAUAUAUGUAAUGCUCGCUGAUCAGAAGCUAAGGAAAAGACAAUGGCAAGGGAAAAGUGGCAGGGAGAGGGACAUGGAUUCAGAUGUUGAGAGCAAUUAUGAGCGAGGAUAUUACUCAUUCUGA